AUGUGGAUCCGAGUCUGGUAUUUGAACCACAACCCUCAACUCAUUCUCACAUACUAUCUCAAUACCAUUGAGAAACUGGAACAUAUUCCAAUGGUGACUCAGAGUGAUCCUAGCACUGAAAACUAUGGAAUCACUAAUGCACAUACAAUGCUUCACCAAAUGUAUGAUCUGGCACUACAAGGCACAUUACAACACUGCUGGAUGUGGACAAAGAAGAAUUUUACUCCUGGUUUUGAAACACUUUUAGAUGAAGGAGUGGAGAGUGGCUGGUACGAUAGUGAUAACACCCUUCAGGUUUGUGCAUUUAGCAUGAUCUUCCGUUGGGUCUUCAUUCCAUGGUUGCAGUGUGAGCUAGAUAGGUACUUCCACAUGGUAACAGUCAAACAAGAUGCUAUAGACCAUAUCUGCAAUCUCUAUUGCUCUGCACAGGUAUCAGCCAUUGUUAGGUCUCUUACAGAUGUCACUGACUUGGACAAAGAGCCUUUGCCUCUCCUUGAAAACCAAAAGGACCUGUUUUUCAUGGAGAUACUGAUGGUGCUUACUACAUGGGUGGUAUUCAUGGCAGACAAGGUCUUGCUGGAUGAACUGGCUGAGCUGGAUGAACCAAGUGCACACUUACUACCUACAGCUCCGAUUGUAGAAGAGGAGGGUUUAGUUAUUAUGGGAUUCUCUGAUGAGGAGGACAAUGAUGAAACAUAUGAUUAG